UGACUUUCUAAUAAGCCAUCAACUCUGCAGCUGUGUUAAGAGGUUAAGGGGUAAUGGAUCUAACUACCUUAGGAGUCAUAUUUUACCGUUACAAAUAUAAGCCAUGCAUUCCCUACUGUCUAAAACAAGAAUAUAUGUGUGUCUGUCGCCUUGUUCCCUGUCACCAUCAGUCAUCACAGGAGAUCUCUUCUGAAGAUGUUUCCACAAUCAGGGAAAUCGAUUGUCUUUGACAACUUUCCAGAUCCCACUGACACCUGGGAAAUCAUUGAGACAAUCGGGAAAGGGACCUACGGAAAAGUCUACAAGGUGCUUAACAAAACUGAUGGAAGUAAAGCAGCAGUGAAGAUACUGGAUCCCAUUCAUGAUAUUGAUGAAGAGAUCGAAGCAGAGUACAACAUCCUUAAAGCUCUGUCUGACCACUCCAAUGUUGUCAAGUUCUAUGGGAUGUACUACAAGAAGGAUAUAAAAUGUGGGGAUCAGCUGUGGCUUGUACUGGAGCUUUGCAAUGGUGGCUCGGUGACAGAUCUGGCCAAAGGCAUGCUGAGGAGAGGAGACAGAAUGGAUGAAGCCAUUAUUGCCUACAUCUUGCAUGAGGCCCUCAUGGGCCUCCAACAUCUGCACAUCAACAAGACCAUCCACCGUGACGUCAAAGGCAAUAACAUCCUGUUGACGACGCAAGGAGGGAUCAAACUUGUGGAUUUUGGUGUCUCAGCUCAGCUGACAAAUACCCGUCUGAGGAGGAACACCUCUGUUGGAACUCCCUUCUGGAUGGCUCCUGAGGUAAUAGCAUGUGAACAGCAGCUGGAUUCAACCUAUGAUGCUCGCUGUGAUGUUUGGUCCCUGGGCAUCACUGCCAUAGAGCUGGGAGACGGAGACCCACCCCUCUCUGACCUCCACCCAAUGAGAGCCCUUUUCAAAAUACCCAGAAAUCCUCCACCCACUCUCCACCAGCCGGAGCUCUGGUCAGACGACUUUAAUGACUUCAUCUGCAAAUGUCUAAUUAAGGACUUUGAGCUGAGACCAAAUGUGCUAGACUUACUCCAGCAUGUGUUCAUCAAACAGAUUGUUGGCAAAGAGAAAAUAUUGCAGAAACAACUGAUUGAACUCAUUGAUCUAAACCAACAAAUAGGAGUCACUGAAAAAACAAGCCAUCAUGGAAAGACAGACAGAAGCACAGACAGUAAUGACAGGCAUGAACGUAUCCACACCAAAAAAGGAAGCCACAUGAAGACACAGAGUGACGUAGAUGAGGUGGACGACCUCGCCACCCUGGAGUAUCUAGACGAGAACACAGUCACAGAGCAGCUUCAGAGUCGCUAUGGAAGAGAUCAGAUUUACACAUAUGUGGGAGACAUCCUCAUCGCAGUCAAUCCUUUCCAUAAGAUGGAGAUAUACACCCCUGAGUACACUAAGAUGUACAUAGGGGCUAAGCGUACAGCAAACCCACCACACAUCUUUGCUGUGGCUGAUAUCGCCUACCAGUCCAUGGUGUCAUACAAUGCAGACCAGUGUAUUGUGAUCAGUGGAGAGAGUGGAGCAGGGAAAACAGAGAGUGCUCAUCUGUUGGUGCAGCAGCUGACUGUUCUUGGGAAGGCAAAUAAUCGGACGCUCCAGGAGAAGAUCCUGCUGGUCAACAGCCUGGUGGAGGCUUUUGGAAAUGCCUGCACAGUCAUCAAUGACAACUCCAGCCGCUUUGGCAAGUACCUGGAGAUGAAGUUCACCUGCGGGGGAACAGUGGUGGGAGCGCAGAUAUCUGAGUAUCUGCUGGAGAAAUCCAGAGUCAUCCACCAGGCCGUAGGGGAGAGGAACUUCCACAUCUUCUACUACAUCUACGCCGGCCUUGCUGACAGGAAGAAACUAGCCCACUACAAGCUCUCCGACAGCAAAACACCUAAGUACCUGUGUAACGAACACAUUAAAUUAGGGCCUGACAUAGUGAGCAACACCUUCUACAAGGAACAGUUUGAUGCAGUGGAGCAGUGUUUCAAGGUCAUUGGAUUCACCCUGGAGGAGCUGGGCAGUGUUUACAGCACUCUGGCGGCCAUCCUCAACUCUGGAGAUAUCGAGUUCUCUGCGGUUGCCUCGGAGCAUCAAACAGACAAGAGCGGCAUCUCCAACAUUUCUGUCCUAGAGAAUGUGGCCUCGCUGCUGUGUAUCCGCUCAGACGAGCUCCAGGAAGCCCUGACCUCCCACUGUGUGGUGGCCCGGGGAGAGACGAUCGUCAGGCCCAACACAGUGGAAAAAGCAGUGGAGGUGAGGGACGCCAUGGGCAAGGCUCUCUACGGCCGCCUCUUCAGCUGGAUUGUCAACCGCAUCAACUCACUGCUGCGGCCCGACAGCCACCUAGGAGAGGAUGACAAGGGCCUGAACAUUGGCAUCUUGGACAUCUUCGGCUUCGAGAACUUCAAGAAGAACUCUUUCGAGCAGCUCUGCAUCAACAUCGCCAACGAGCAGAUCCAGUUUUACUUCAACCAGCACAUAUUCGCUUGGGAGCAGGAUGAGUACCUGAAUGAGGAGGUGGAUGCUCGGAUGAUUGAGUAUGAGGACAACCGGCCCCUCCUGGAUCUGUUCCUGCAGAAGCCCAUGGGGAUGCUCUCACUACUGGAUGAGGAGAGUCGCUUCCCGCAGGGCACUGACCAGACCCUCGUAGAGAAAUUUGAGGAUAAUCUCAAGACCAAAAGCUUCUGGAGACCAAAGAGGGUUGACCUUGGUUUUGGCAUUCACCACUAUGCUGGAAAGGUGAUGUACAAUGCUGCAGGGUUCUUGGCCAAGAACAGAGACAUGCUCCCGGCCGACAUCGUCCUGCUGCUGAGGUCGUCGGAGAACGAGCUUGUUCGUAAACUUGUCACCCAUCCCCUCACCAAAACAGGCAACCUUGCGCACACCAAGGGUAAAGGCAUAAACACAAUGCGCAGCCCGCGGACGCCGACACGCACCAUCACCUUCGCCAAGAUGGGAGUGUUAACCUUAUACAGUUCUUUUUCUUUCAGUGAGCCGAGUGAACAAGGAGACACACCUUACCACCCGAGAGAAACCACCAACAUGAGAACACAGACAGUGGCCUCCUACUUCAGAUACUCUUUGAUGGACCUGCUGUCCAAGAUGGUGGCAGGGCAACCUCACUUCGUACGCUGCAUCAAACCCAACAACGAUCGCCAAGCCAACAAGUUUGACCGGGAGAAGGUCCUGGUUCAGCUGCGCUACACCGGGGUUCUGGAGACCGCCAAGAUCAGAAGGCAGGGUUACUCUCACCGCAUCCUGUUUGCCAACUUCAUAAAGAGGUACUACAUCUUGGCUUUCCAUGCUCAUGAGGAGCCAGCUGUGACUCAAGAAACAUGUGCUGCAAUACUGGAGAAGGCCAAGCUGGAGAACUGGGCAAUGGGGAAGACCAAGGUUUUCCUUAAAUACUACCACGUUGAACAUCUGAAUCUGAUGGUGCAGCAGGCCACACAGCGAAUCAUUCUGCUCCAGGCUUACGUUCGAGGCUGGCUGGGAGCCAAGCGGUACCAGCGGAUAUUAAAAGAGCGAGAACAGAGUGCUCUGGUGCUGCAGUCGGCUUACAGAGGUCAUAAAGUUCGGAAGAGGGUCGCCAGUGACAAAAGCAAAGCAAAGUUGGAGGCCUUCAUUGUCCAGUUUCAGGCUGUUUGCAGGGGCUAUCUAGCAAAAAAGAAAUACAAGGAGAUGGUGGAUGAAAAGAACAAGGCUGCAACCAAGAUUCAGGCUCGCUACAGAGGGCAUAAGGAAAGGAAAAGCUUUAAAAGAAAGCGUGAGGAAAAAGAGAAAGAGAAAGCAGAGAAGGCCCUUAAAGAAAAACCAGAGAAAAGCACCAAUGACGAGAAUGUCUCCACUCCAGACAAUGAGGCAAAGAACGAGGAGGAGGAAACUAAAGCUGCCGUGGUUCUUCAGAGCAACUACAGGGGCUACAAAGAGAGGAAAAAGUUUAAGGAGAGAAAAAAGACAAUGGCUGGGGCUGAGCUAGAGAUACCGCCAGACACAGUGGCUGAAGAAGAACAGGAAAAAGUUGGGGAAGAGUCUACAAACAAAGGAGAAGAAGAACGAGACAAGGCAGCAGAUAAACAAGAGGAGAAUGAAGAGGAUGAAGAAAGUACUUAUGAAGCAGAGGAUAAUGAUGACAGCGAUCAUACACAGGUGCCAGAAGAUGAUGAACAUACGGAAGUGGCAGACGAAGUGGUGAUUGCUGACACACCAGCAGCUGGAAAAGAAGGACAGGAAGAGGAUAAGAAGGGGGAGGAUGGACAGGAAAAUGUUGCAGGUGAAGAGGCUGCCAACUUAGAGGAGGAAACCAAGGCUGCCACUGUUCUUCAGAGUAACUUCAGAGGUCACAAAGAGAGGAAGAGGUUGCAAGAAGAAGGCAAAAUCCCAGCUAAGAAACAGAGAGAAAAAAGCCCAACUAGUGAAGAAGAAGUGCCUCCAGCGAGCAGCCCUACAGCUGAGGAAGAAGUUUCAACACCGGCAGAGGAAACCAGCAGUGAAGAAAAAGGAAAAGAAGAAAAUGAGGAAUCAACAGAAACCCAAGAAGAAGCAGAAGCUUCCUCAAGUAAUGUCAAGACAGAGGAUCUAGAUGAGACCAAAGCAGCUGUGGUACUUCAGAGUAACUUCCGUGGCCACAAAGAGCGCAAACGACUCGAGGAGGAAGGAAAGAUCCCUAAGAAAAGGAAGAGAGGAGAGGGGGUUACACCGGAGCCUCCAAAGGAAGAAGAAGAGGGGAUGCCUACAGAAGAUUCAGUGCCUGAAUCCCAGCAGGAUGCAUCUGCUGAGAACCUGGAUGGACUGGACGAGGAAAAAGCUGCUACUGUCCUCCAAAGUAACUUCAGAGGCCAUCGGGACCGAAAGAAACUGAAAGCAGAGAGAGAAGCACAGCAGAAAGUGAAGGAGGAAGCUGCCAAUGAUGCAGAAGAGGAAAGUAAAGAGAAGGAGAAAGAGGAGGAGGUCCUGGAUGUUACUGAUGUAGUGAUUGAACAUAAAGAAGAGGCUGAUGCAGAAAAAGAAAGGCUGGAGGAAGAACAGGCUGCAGUGAAGAUCCAGAGUAACUUCAGAGGGUACAAGGACAGGAAGAACCUGAAGGCCAACAAGCAAACAGCAGAGAAAGAAGCUGAGCAACUACAGACCUUCUCAAAACAGAUCGCAAAAACGUCUCAGGAAUUUGUCGCCCUGCAGCAGAAGCUGAACGAGAUCAUCCAGGCCCAUCAAUCAAACCCAGAAAGCAAUGGCAUGUUGUUUGUGAGAGGAAAAGCAAUCAAUGGCUACGCUCCCAAGAAUCACCAAUCAACUGACAAGAGAUUGUCGAGGACCCCCCGCAGGACCCAGCAGCCAAAGACCCUGAACACACCAGAGGACUCUACCUAUUACAACCUGAUCCAUCGGUCCGUCCAGGAUGAUAAACGCAAGCCCAGGAAACAGGAUCCAGGGAAGCUGCUGGACGUAGACGACCAGUACUACAGGGGCCUGUCCACCAGCAGGUCCGAACCCUCCAUCUCCACAGAGGAAACAUCACCUGACAGGAUGCCUGAGAGGAGACGGUCUUUAGAGAGGAGACGGUCCACGGACAGGAGGCAGCCUGAAGAACAGACACCAGCUGCUGCCAGUAGACAGACCAGAGAGAGGGCUGUCACUGACCCAGAGCCUCCCAAACCUGCCACAGACAACAGGAACUCAGUUCCCAGGAUGCCCUCCACCGAGAGUCAGACUGAGGAGAACCCGUAUGACUACAGACAUCUGCUGAGGAAGACCUCGCAGAGACGAAGGCUCAUCAAACAGUACUGAACACGUGAAUUUUUUUUAACCAUUUAGCACAUAAACCAUAAAAAUCUGAAGCAUCACAUGCAUUUUGGCAGUUUUUGAUUCAUCAGAGCUUCUUUAAAAACCCACCAAACUGGUUAGUUAAGGAAAAAUACUGUAAGUCUAAUUUAAUGCAGCAUAGGAUGAAGGUAAAUGUAAAUAAUAAAAUGCUCUGCCCUUUAAACUUACUGUAAAUUAAGGUUUUAUUUAUGUAAUUUGUAAACUAGACAUCACUAUUUUUGCUUAUUUUGCUUAUCAAUUUCCUUUCAAAACACUUAUUUUGGCUUGCCAGGUUGUCCAUAUCCAUUUAAACAUCAGAUAUCAUUUUAUAAUGUCUACAGAUCAUGUAAAUAUACAGGUCAUGCUCUUAAAUUUAACAACUCUGCAUUUCAAUCCCAGUUUUGAUGAACAUAUCUUGGGAAAAUCAGCUUCAGUGGUGUCAUGUUGUGAGAAAUGUGCACUCUUUUCUCUGCUGGAAUCAUCUGGUUUGUUCAUUAAAAGAUAAAAUAUCACCAGAUUCCUUGUUAUGUUUCAUUUAUCUUACAUUUAAGAACAUCUGCCUCCAUUAUUUUAAACUGUAGUGCC